GUCCUAGGAACAAUGAUUCCACAAUGAAAAGAAUACUAAACUAAAAUUUGCGGCGCCCAGUGUUUUUGAUAUGGCCGCAAACCACAAAUCCACGCCGCAAAUUAUGCCUGUACAGCUAAUGACUUUUCCACUCAUAGAGAAAGUAGCUGAGUGUGCCUGAAUUUCCUAUUAUCUGUGCAAAUAAGCAUGUCUUUCAAUAUACAUCAAAAGCGUAAACAAACAACAAAAGCCUAUCGAUUCUUAGAUAAAGGGAAGAAGCUUAUCAGAUUGACAAGCACGGUCAAUAAGUCAACUGCAAGUGAUAUAACUACGCCAUUCGAAAUUCGAGCAUCAUCACUGCCAGCCAUUUCUUCUCUAUCUGACGGAUGGUCAACUGAUGAUGAGGUGGACGAAGUUGACUAUCAGUCAAGACGUCAGACUGCAGCUGUUAAGCGUGCAGUCGCAGAGGCACUCGAGCCUGCCACCCAUAAGAUGUGUGGUUGUGCUGCUGAUAAAAAAGCCCACAAGGCUGUCACCUGUAUCUUUAAGUGCGGUAUUCGACAGUUUGACAUCGAAUACUGCAAGUCGUGCCCUGACUAUGCUUUGCCUUUGGUGCUAAUGCGCAGUCAUAUGAUUCCUCUGACGCCAAAAGCCCCCAGCCAUGCAGUGCAUAUCAAACAAUCCACAAUUUGCAUUACAUUUGCCGCGUCUCCGUGCACAAUAUUGCAAAAUGGCUACAAGCAGAUUUUGAGCAAGAGGUAUUACUUUUUGUAGGGCAAUCUUUCAUCUAGCGAGCUUUUAAAUAUACUUUUGUUUUUUAGGUUCCUGCUUCUCUCAAGUCUCGCUUGAACGAUGUGCUGCCUAUAUUUGGCAGAAUACUUCUAAGCUUGAAAAAGCAGUUGAGAGGAGAGUUUGGUGUAGAGAACAAUAUCUGCCCAGGUUGCAGAUACGUGG